AUGUUGCACGAACUGUUACUGUCACUCUUAGGCUACACUGGAGAUCUCAUAAUCGAUGAGAGAGAACACCAAAAUUCUCUCGGGAUUCCCAUCUCCGACGACCACCGAUCCUUCAAGCUCGCUCCUGAUAUCUCAUUCAUCCAACCCAGCGACAGGGAUCUUAUUGAGAGGAUAAUCAGUCUAGGGUUUUAUUAUAGAGAGCUCGAUCGAUUUGCGACAAAGUCUCGGAAUCUGAGUUGGAUUAGGUCUGCAAAUCCUAAUAAUGAAUUGUCGAACAAGAAAAUACAAGAGAAACCGAGUGUAUAUCGCAGAGCAAUUGCUAAUGGCAUUGUUGAGAUACUUUCGGUUUACAGGUCUGCUGUUCUCCACAUUGAACAGAAGUUGCUGUCGGAGACCAUGCCUAUCUUGGCUACUAUUACACAAGGCCUUAAUAAGUUUUUUGUUCUCCUGCCACCGCUAUAUGAGCUGGUUGUUGAGAUUGGGCGUGAUGAUAUUCGCGGAGGACAACUCCUGAACCUUUUACACAAAAGAUGUCACUGUGGGGUUCCUGAAUUGCAAUCAUGCAUUCAGAGGCUUCUUUGGCAUGCGCAUCAGGUCAUGUAUAACCAACUUGCUUCCUGGAUGGUUUAUGGGAUUCUUCAAGAUCAGCAUGGCGAAUUUUUCAUCAGAAGGCAGGAAGAUAGGGAUGUAGAGUACGGCUCACCUAAUCCAGAUGUGUCAGAAAAAUUGGCACGCUUGUCAACUGAUGAUACAUCUUUAACAGAUUGGCACUUGGGGUUUCAUAUGUUUUUGGAUAUGCUGCCUGAGUAUGUCCAUAUGCGUGUUGCUGAAUCAAUUCUUUUCGCUGGAAAGGCCAUUAGGGUUCUCCGGAAUCCAAGCCCAGCAUUUCGGUUUAAGGAUCCUGUAUUUAAUCAGCAGGUAUCAAAAGUUGCUCAAAAAAAUCAAGGAUCAACAGGACGCUUCCCCUUUAAAGAGUCUUUUGAAGAUACAGACUUGAUUGGAGAAGAAUUACUUCCACAGUCUGAAGCUGAUAAGAUUGAAAAUAUGCUUCGAGACCUAAAGGAAUCAUCUGAAUUUCACAAAAGAUCAUUUGAAUGUGCUGUUGACUCUAUUCGUGCUAUUGCUGCUAGUCAUCUUUGGCAGCUUGUGGUUGUGCGUGCUGACUUGAAUGGCCAUCUGAAGGCACUUAAAGACUAUUUUCUUUUAGCGAAAGGAGAUUUUUUCCAGUGUUUUCUUGAGGAAAGUCGGCAAAUGAUGCGCUUGCCGCCUCGGCAAUCAACUGCAGAAGCUGAUCUCAUGGUCUCAUUUCAGCUGGCCGCAAUAAAGACAAUUGGCGAGGAGGAGAAAUACUUCUCCAGAGUAUCCCUGCGGAUGCCUUCUUUUGGAACCACGGUUAAAUCCUCCCAAGUAAAUUUACCCAAAACUAGGAGUACAGGUGCUUCAUUGUCAAAUGCUGCUUCAGAGAUUUCUUUGGAUGGAUGGGAUGGUAUUGCUCUGGAAUACUCUGUUGACUGGCCCCUACAGUUGUUCUUUACUCAAGAAGUGUUGUCUCAGUACCUUAGGGUCUUUCAGUAUUUGCUGCGGCUGAAACGAACACAAUUGGAAUUGGAGAAAUCAUGGGCUUCUGUAAUGCAUCAACAUCACACAGAUUUUGCCAAGCACCGCAAUGACCGUUUGAACAGCUCGGUGUCUCAGCAGCGACGUCAACGUUUUAGUCCAAUGUGGCGUGUUAGAGAGCAUAUGGCAUUCUUGAUCAGAAAUCUUCAUUUCUAUAUCCAGGUGGACGUAAUCGAAUCCCAAUGGAAUGUUUUGCAAGCUCAUAUUCGAGAUUCUCAUGACUUUACUGAACUUGUGGGCUUCCAUCAAGAGUAUUUAUCAGCUUUAAUUUCACAAUCUUUUUUGGACAUUGGUUCUGUAUCAAGGAUAUUAGACAGCAUAAUGAAACUUUGCCUGCAAUUCUGCUGGAGCAUUGAAAACCAAGAAAACAAUCCAAAUACAUCUGAACUGGAACAUAUAACAGAGAUUGUGGUUUGGUGCUUUUGCACGUCAAUGAUGGAUGUUUUGCAUUGCACUCCACUGACAUGCUUAUAUCUUAAGCAUUUGACCAAACACAAUCUACUCUGGAUUUCACUGGAAAGAGGAGUUGGCUGGUAUAUAGACAUGCCAUACGCCUAUAAUAAAUCUUUGAUUUUGUCUUUGGGUUCCACUGGAGAUUUGGAGUUGUGGGAAUUUGUUGUGUUGGUGGAAUUUAACAAGAAAUCAAAUUCGUUGUACACUAUAUUGCGCAGUAGUAGGCUAGCUGGGAGUCAGCGAGCUCCAUUUCUCAGGCGUUUUCUUUUGCGUUUAAACUUUAAUUUGUUCUUUGAGACUACUGCACAAGGUGUAAUGAAUAUUGUUAGACCAUCUCCAACACUUGCUGUUUUUAAUCAAAAAUAG